GUCGGCGAUCCAUCAAGCACAAAAGGAAGCGAGUGGCGAUUUUUGUCACACCGCCCGAACGAGUGGUGUUUCAACUUGCAAACUCUCCCCAGAGGAGAAAGGCUACAAAGAAGCAACAUGAGAAAGCUGUACAAGUCACCUUCAAUCUUAGCGUCUCUGCUAGUGUUGGAGCCUACGCAUGUCACAGCAACACUCCAAAUAGCAGACUUGCCAACCAUCUCCCUCGGAACGCUACUCAACAUUCCCGUGACUGUUCCCGACUUUUUUGGGUGGUGUUUUGAUCGGUCAUUGGCAUCCUUUUGCAUUUUCCCCGCUGAUAGGGAUCAACAAGCGUCUCCGAGAGAAGGCGAUGCAACUACUGCUGAAGGUCAAGACAAUCUAAUAGACGACUAUUCCGUGGCAGGAACCAUUGACCUUGCGCGGUUUUGGGUGGAGGAUAUGUGUUCAUCGGUUGUGAAUGAGCCUGCGAAACGAGAACUACUUGCUUUGGCGAAGUUCUUUUAUCAACUUGAUGGAGGUCCCAAUGUGGUUUCCUCGUCACCUGGUAGUGGGUGGCUUGUAGGCUGCGACCCUUGUUCUUGGGGUGGCGUCCUGUGCAAUUCCGAGCGUCGGGUGGUCGAGCUUCUUCUAGCUUCCUCGGGUCUCUCCGGACAGGUCAGCCCAUCCCUUGGUUCGCUUGAACAAUUAGUUGUUUUAGAUCUCCGAUAUAAUGAAGGUUUGGUGGGGACAAUACCGGAAGAGCUUGGCUUGCUGAGUGAUGCGGAAUCCAUUCGAUUAUCUGGAACCUCUUUAUCGGGUCCAAUGCCCGAGUCUAUCUGUGAUUUGCUUCUGCCAGAUUUGGAAGCUGAUUGUGGCGGUUCCAACCCCAUGGUGUCAUGCGAUUGCUGUGCCUAUUGUUCCACUACAACAACUGUGGAUGUACUCGUGGAAAGUGUAGCCGAUGUACCACCUUCGUUUGCGCCGGUGCAGGCGACACCUCUUCCAACCAUUGCAAGUAAAACAGAGGAUCCUACCAUGAAACCAUCACAACAACCAACGCCAUCACCACAGGCAACCGAGACCCAGUUUCCAACACAAUUGACCACGUCCUAUUCACUUUCGGAAGAACCAACGUUCGUAAUGGCAACAAUAACAGAAAACGUUGCGCAUACGGAAUCACCAACAGAACACCCUAGCGAGACACCGUCAGAUUCCCCAACAGGUUCACCAACUAUGGCCCCCACAACUGUCUCACCCACAGGUGCCCCAACCCAAAGUCCAACAACAAGAUCCCGAGAAAUGACGUCUUCUCCUGUGUCGCCAAUACCUGCCCCCACUUAUGAUGGAAAUCCUGCAGAAGAAUGGCUGUCCGAGUCUGGUUGCCGGAACAGCGUUCCAAUUCUUCGACGACUGAACCUUGUAUCACUUGCAAGUCUCUACUUUUCCACCAAAAACACGCGCACAGAAGGUCCAUUGUACGACCUGGGCUGGCUGGGCAGUUGCGAUCCUUGCACUUGGGGACAAAUUUCGUGCGAUGAGUUGGGCAACAUUGUGGGUCUAGACUUGUCUUCUCUCGAGCUAAGAGGACGCAUUCAUCCCUAUACUGGGCUGCUGACCGACUUGAUAAGUUUGAACUUGCAAGAUAACCAACUAACGGGUGAGAUACCGUUUGGGCUCCAAUACUUGUCAAAUGCAGAGUCAAUCCUGCUGCAUGACAACUUGCUGUGGGGGGACAUGCCUCCUGAGAUAUGUAGCUUGCGCUCGCAGCAACUCAACGAGCUAUCAUCAGACUGCAGCACGGAAGAAACAACAAUAAGCUGCGACUGCUGUAGUCUUUGUGCAUAACCGCUCUGCCAUAGAGAGGACCGUUCUAACGGUGGUAGCCGUAGUUUGCAAAUCUGGACAAAUUGUGGGGGUGGUAUGGUGAGGAUCAAAGCAUGCAUAGCACCAAAAGACCGGAGGGCAAAGGAGCGAGCCUGUGACUGAAUUGAGGGUAGAGAUGGACUAAAACCUGCAGCACAAUGAUCUGGAUCAGGACGCGGGUUUGCCCCGCAGCAUCUGAAGUAAUUUACUACCGGCCAGCUGCAAGCCACCAUGGAUAAUUCAAUCAGACACCACUUAGCUACAUGAAUAUGGACUUCACUGUCUACUGUCAUACGGUAGAGCAGGAAUGAAUUAGAAGCGCUCACGAGACUACUCUUCAGGUGCCUCCUGCUCCAAUAAUGACCCAACCACUGCAAAUACUGGUUCCUCCACCACCUCCCAAGCCAAAACCAGCAGUGAAUUCGUACUGAAAGAUUUGAUUGAAUCCACUUCCAAUGGCAGCACCGCCGCCAAUGCCAAGGGCCAAGUCCACGUCAAUCCAAUAUGAAAAGCAGGUCAAGUCUGUGGUGGUGGUCGUCCCGACCGCAACACCAAAAAUAAAGGAAACAUCAAAGCCAAGUUCGGGUCCGGCCCCCAAGCAGGUUCGAAUGAACAUACCUAACACGCCAUCUCGUAUGGUAAAUAGAAAUUGCAAGUUGAAGUCAACAAUGACGCCUCCUUCUAUAUUGGC